GAUUUAUUGUAGCAACGAGCCCUAGCGACAGUCAGAGUCCAUGGCGACCUGAGUCGCAGGACCUGAGCCUGUGUACAGGAAUGCGACAUUUCCUCUUCAUCUCUAAGCGACUUGCUGGUGGUAAAAGGUGAAACAGUUUAGAUUGUGUUAAAGACUAACCAUGGGAUGCGGGAGCUCCAGAAUUACUGCGGUGGAACCCGCAAAACCGGGCAGCCUCGACACCACAACUGCGAUUGAACCAGUGUGCGGGAGUCCUCGCGGUGACUCAGCCGUCUCUAAAAACACAACAGACAGUGGAGUUGGUCUGGACGCCGGAGAGACCAUUGUUCUGUCUAGGACAGUUCCUAAGAUUCUCCCACCACUGCAAGCUCAGAGUCCAAGGCUGACUCAGGAGAGCCAGAGACCGGAGUCUAGUGUGAUUCUGGAGCAGCUGCUGAGUCAGGGCAUCAUCCCGGCCCAAAGCAGAGUGGCAGGCAGCGGAGAAGCAUACAACAUCAUGCUGGCUGAUGCAGACGGGCCGAGGAAGAGGCCGCCACCUCGCCUAGAGUCACUGAAGAUCCGUAAAGAACAAGAAGUCACUAGAAAGGAAGACAUCGAUGAGAAGAUGAGACAAGUAGAGGAAAGGAGGAAGGUAAGGGAAGAAGAGCUGCGGAACAGACUGAGGGUUAAAUCUGCACGGCCUCGUGGAGCCACUCUUGUUGGAGUUGGGGAGGAGAGUGCCCCAGAGGUUGAUUCUCCUCCAUCUUCCCACAUCCUAACCACAGCCAAAGAUCCUGACAUGGGCAACAGUAGAGAAGAAGCAGCUGACCUACUCACCUGUGCAGGCGAAUGACUCAACCGUUCAGCAGAAGUCUUUUAACCUGGGCCUGCUCUGCCCUCUGUCUGGACCACUAGUCUAAUGCUGGUCCAGUACAUCUUAUUCCUAUCCAGAUUUUAUUUAGCAUGAUAGAGGCAUAUAAAUUAAGUAUACGUAUAAAUUGGGAUUUUAACAAGCAUACAGUUUUGCACUUGCACUUUAUAAUACUCUAGUUAGUGUUUGUUAACACUGGGCAAGGGUCACUUCAACACAUAGAACAAAUAGACAUACAUAUGAGUUAUUAUAUAUGUUAGUUGCCAUUAAGUACUCUAGUGAAGAUCAACUUAAAGGAAUACUCCAGCUUUUUUCGCUCUCUUUCACACCACAUGUAGUGUAUGUGAGAUUACCACAGAUUAUACUUUCAAUAUGAUUCCCUGUAACAAGAAAAGAACAGAAAACUUGUUUAUUCAGAACUCACUUAUGAGGACGUCCAAGGGCAGUUGUUGGAGCAGUUAAGAAAUUGAUGUAAAACAUAGAUGUGUGGCCAUCUGGGAAAUCCUCUCAGAUGUGACUGAGGCUGAAUCCUGGAAAGCAACCAAAAAGUGACAAAAAAAAACUGCUGGAGUGUAAUGAUUGAAGUUUUUAAUCUUAUUUAAAUGUUUAUUGGCGGCAUUCAAUCACUGCCCUCAGACUUCCAUAAGUUUCAAGUAAACAGGCAUUUUGUUCUUUUUCGAGUCCUUUGUUUAAAGUAUUGUUCACUGUAAUAUACUACAGAUGCUGUAGAUGGAAUUCCUUUACACAUAAACAUGUGUAAUAUUAUAUUAUUUACUUCCUAUACUUUUAAUGCUGUAUCACAAUGAUGUACAAAAUGGAGCCAAAUACAUGAAAGGUAUGAAUGAUGGUGGUUAUUUGAACGUAUAUAAAUGUCAUGGUAGUUGCCAAGAAUGGAAGUUUUUCCACAAAUACCUACUACUUCCUGCAACUGGCAUUGUGUCCUACAAAACAACUAAUCUAUAGAUUAAUCUAUAUGUUAUACCACUCUCUUUUGAAGAUGCGAUAAAUAUCUAAACUGUAAAAAUUUAUAUACAUAAACAGAUUUUUAUUUGCUUUAUUUAAUGAUAUUCAAAGAUGCACAGAGAAUCUAAUAUAAAUAUAAUAUUAUUAGGCAAAUAUAUAAGCAUUGGUGUUCUCUAUAGCUUGAACAAAGUAAGAAUGAAUGAUGAGCCUAUACACUGAGUUGUACAGGGCUGUUUAAUCCACAAGGUGGCUCUGUUUGUUCAACUGUAGGUGAUUUGCCAUGCUGUCAAGCAGAUGUACAGUAGUAUGUGUGAAUUGAGAGCUGUCUUUCAGAUGACUAUUUUAUGUAACUGUACCUCACUCUAAUUAGCACAGGGGGAAUAAAUCUCAUUAAAAUA